AAUGUCAGCAUGGACAUUGUCGUUGACUGAUCUCGCUAAUCAAGCAGAAGCUUUUUUGGAUCAGGUGGACAAAAAAACUGCUGAAUCUCUUCAAGAGGAAGAUUCACCUAGUUACCAUGAAGAGGAAGAUAAGAAUGUGUUCUCAAGUCUGAACAACUCUCUUCUGCCUGGAGAACAAAACAUCUUCCUCACUGGUUCAGAAGAAUCUCACUCCUCUCCAGAGAUAGUACCUUCAUCCCAGGACCUGGUGUCGCUUAGUGACGAUAGUGAGGAUGGAGAGGCGGUGAGGGGGGAGUACUUUGACAGACUGGAGCUGGAAAAUAAACUGAUUAAACAAGAAGUUACUCAGCUAACUGAUGAGAUCGGGUUCUUAUCUUCUAAAAUUAGUUCGUACAGGGAUAAGUUGCAGUCACAGCAGAUCCUGGAGGAGAAGCAGAAGAAGAAACUGAAAGAAAGAGAAGAAGAAAUAACAAAACAACUGUCCUUGAUAAGAAGCAUAAAGGGAACUGAGGCUGAUUUAAAGGAGGCCCUCACUGCUAAAGAUACUCAGAUAGGAGUUCUCAAAGUAAGACUAGCGGAGGCUGACUCGGAGCUCGGAGCUCAGACCGCGCACACAAAACGAGUGGAGGAGGAGUUGAGAGUGUCCAGUUCUUGUCACGGAGAACUGAGCCAGUUGAAAGAGGAGGUAACAGUUUCUAAUGAGCUGGUAGAACAUUACAAAGAAUCUCUAUCUAAAAUACAGGGUGAAAGUAGGGAGCGAGAAGAAGAGUUACAGUGUCAAAUAGUAAAAGUAACUAACACACUACACAACACACAGCAAUUUCUCAGAGAGGAGAAGCGCAGAUAUACCAGCACAUUGUCCGAACUGAAGCUUUCUCAAAACGAAUUGGAAUUUUCAAGAAAAGAUCUGUCAGAUUACAAAGAGAGAGCUACACGUGUACUUCAGGCAAAAGAAAAGAAAUCUCCUGCAGAUACCUCAAUUUUAGAUGACGAAGGAGUGGAGAUGAUGAUUCAAGAGCGCAACUUGAUAGAGUCCGAGCUCAGGUCGACUAAGUGCGAAUUGGUGAUUACGAAGGAGCAUUUGACCAGUGUAGAGCAAACUCACAGCGAGGAGCUGCAACAAGCAUUAGAACAGUGCUCAACGGCAGAAAGUGCAACAAAAGACAGAGAAAACGAGUUAACUGAAUACCAAGACAUAGUGUCGCGACUGAAAGAGGUAACCAGAACAACCGUAUUAUAUCUUGUCUGA